CCCAGAGCAGCUGGGGCUGCCCCUGGAUCCCUGGCAGUGCCCAAGGCUAGGCUCGAUGGGGCUUGGAGCAAUCUGGAAUAGUGGAAGGCUGGUCUCUCAACCAGACCACUUUUUCAAUUUUUUAUUUUUAUCUCAGUCAGUCAAUUUCUGUGAAACCUGUUCUGCUGGAUGGAUGCUGCAUUAGUGCAGAGAAAGCUGAUCAAGUGGAAUAAUGGGGGCAGAGACAGGAAUACUCAACUGACAAAAGACUGGAUCGAGGCAUUAAUACACUUUCUACGGUUUUUUAUAUACAAUUUUGUACAAUUACUGACUCGUAUUAAAACAUUUUAAUGACAUUUAAAGUCCCCGGUGUCUGAGGGAGUACCCCCGCUGUGUGAGGGAGAACCUCCAGCGCCCGAGUUUGAACCCCAGCUGUGUGAGGGAGCAUCCCCGGUGUCUGAGGGUGAACGUGCGGUUUCUGAGGGAGCAGCCCAGGUGUGCGAGGGAGGCUCCGCAGCCCGCCCCGCCCCGCCGGGAAGCGGAAGGCUUUCGGGGUUUCGGGGCGGCCCCGCUCCCGCAGCCAUGGCGCGGCCGCCCCGCCGCCGCUGAGGGAGCCGCCAUGGCCGCCGCCCUGCGGGGCGCGCUCUGCAGCGGGCUCCUGCUCUGCGUUUCUGGAAUGAUCCCAAAGCCCCGAAAUGCAAGAAUUACUUCAGUCAAUCUUCACAGCACUUUGCAGUGGGAUGCACCAAGGUUUCCCAAAGGGAAUGUCACCUACACUGUCCGAUCCAAGAGCAUCAAUUUCCCUGGAGACACCUAUGAGAAUGUGGGGACAAGGCUGAGGCUCCCCGAGUGUGACGUGUCCUCGCUGUCGGCGUACGGGGACUACGUCCUGCAGCUCCGGGCCGAGGCAGGACAGCUCCAUUCCGCCUGGGUCACCCUCAGGUUCAAGCCCAUGGAUGACACAGUCAUUGGCCCCCCUGAUGUGAGGCUGAAGUCGGGGUCCGGGGCCCUGCACGUGGAUUUCUCUGGGCCCUUUGCUGAGCACGAGCAGGGCAAGUGGCCCCUGAAGAAGUACUAUGGCUCCUGGAAUUACAGGAUCCUCUACUGGAAGAAAGGCAGCACAGACACAGACCUGACCUCUGCUUCCUGGGUAACUCAGGUAGACACCAAACACAGCUCUGAAAUCCUGUCCCAGCUGGAGCCAUGGACAGUUUAUUGUGUCCGAGUGCAGGCGGUGAUUCCUGAGUGGAACAAGACAGGGGAGCUGAGCAGGGAGCUCUGUGAGCAGACAACCCACAAUGGUGUAACCCCUGUGUGGAUAAUUGUGACUGUUCUGGUGGGAUCCAUGCUGGUCAUGGUCACAGCUGUCACCGUUUGUUUCUUCUCCAGUUUUUAUCUGUACAGACUCAUCAAACACAUUUUCUGCCCUUCCUACGUUUUCCCACAACACUUGAAAGAGUUUUUGAGCAAACCUCCCAGUGCUCCACAGCCUUUCCCUCCUCUUCCACAAGAAGAACUCCUGGUUUAUGACAAGCUGACUGUGAUUUCAGAAGAAUCCCAAACCCUCAGUGAUGGGAGUGGGGAUGAGGCCAGCAGGACACCAGAGCACCCUCAGGGCUCUGCACAAGGAGACUCUGACUCAGGAGUGGGAGAAGCUUCAGGAAAAGCCUAAAUAUCCUCCUCAUUCUUCCUUGGAAAAGGAGAAGCAAAUGGACUUUUGGGUUUUUGUCAUUGCUGUAUUCUUCAGCAGGAAAAAUCUACAGACAAACACGUGGGCACAGACUUUUGACAGAAUAAUUUUUUUUUUUUUAAGUACAAGAUACUUGGCUUUAAAUGAGGAAUUAAAUGAUCCAUAACUUUUGCCACUGUUGGUUGUGGCUCCCUGAGGAGUUGUAGCAAUUCCUGGCACUGAUUGUGACAUUAAAAAGCAAAUGUCAUAAAUAUAUAUAUAUAUAUAUAAAUACGAAUUACUUUAAUGAACUAUUUAUUGCAAAAACUAAUCAAAAUGUUUAUAAAAGAAAAUAAUAUUUUGUAAAGAAAGACCCGAUCUGGUUUAUUUUUUUCUAAUGAGAAAUGAAGUGUUUUUAAAGAUGUCCCCACUGGCA